AGGGAGGCUGAUGUAUGUGGGCAGGUUGUCUACUCCUACAGAGUACAGUUCAUUUUGUGGCUUAAACCAGGAUUGGAAACGAGUGUCGCCUUUGUAGUAUUUGUGCGAAAUUAUUUUUCAUAGCGGGGAGAUCCUUGGAAAAGAAAACAGAAGGGAGUUGCUACAACUCUGUGAUUCACUAUGGCGACGGUAGUGUACGCAGAUCUGAACACUAUACAAGAUGAAGAUAUUCUUCGAAGAAUGUGGGCGAACACAGAAGAUUUUGGGAGAAAGAAAGAAAUUAGAGCCCGCAUGUAUAAAUUAAGAGAACAACGAUUGAAGGACUUUUACACGACCGGAGAUGUAUCUGAUAUGAACAGGAAGCACCAACAGCUGCCGAGGCACGCAGAGUCCCUGGAGGAUCAAGGGUUCAUGACAAUGAAGAGCAAAGAGAUCAGGGAUUCCGAAUCGCCAACGAGAGACAUGAGCCGACGUAAAGGCAACGGAUACUGGGAUUCGAGACAAGAGACCGUCUACGGUAGAGGAAAAGAAGAAGACGCCAACAUCGAAGUGAAGUACGUGAGCACGGAAGGUCGGGGCGUUGUGAAAGAAGCCGAUAUGGAGAAAAAAGUGGCCUACCAGACGGAAUCGGCCCAAGAAUCGACCUGGAAGCAAGACAAUAACAGUUUUAUGAAGGCCGAGACUCAGAAAGAAAUGUCCCAGUCCGCAUCCGUUGCAAAAAGCGACAACACAGAAGAACGGACUUUCGCGCAAAACGAAGAGUUCUCAAAUUUUAAAACUAUGACUGAACAGAAUGAAAGUAUGUCGUCUGUGUCGAAUGUCAGUGCCUCUACAUCUUCCAGGCAGGUGACGUCCAGUUCUUACCGGACCACGUCCGAUAAUAACCAAGACGGCAAAGUCGUCGUGAUCGAAGAUUUCGGGACGAACGCUCGUCCCCUCGUCGAACUCACUUCUGAUUCUAUGAGAGAUUUCAUAGACGACGAUGUGCAAACGGAAAGCUGCACGAAUCAACAUAAACGAGAAACCACAUCUAAAACUUCUACUACAAAUCAGAGCUUAAAGCAGGUGUUUUCCACUCAAACUCUGGACGACUCUGUACAAUUGGACCUAACGAAUUUUCGAGUAAGAGGCGAAGAUGUGGACGUUGGAGAAAACGUGAAAGUUACGGAGUAUCGUACCAUUACGGAUAACCAAAGCAGAAAGGAAGAUCAAACAAACGAACAAUUAUAUAGAAAUUACGAGGUUGAGAAAUCUCAAGACAGAUCUUUAGAACAGACCGUCGACAUUUCAACUCUUAGAGAUUCCUCGAAAAAGGAAGAGGAUCGAUCAGCAAGGAGCGAUGAUUUCUUAACUGCCGAACAGAUCCAACGGAAGACGUCCCGUACGGGCAGUUCGACGAGACACGAAACGAUUGUAAACGAGAAAGCGGCUACUGAACAGAAAAUACUGAACGAAAUUCAAAAAUUGGAUAGUUAUCUCUCAACGCAUACACCGGCACCAUCGACUCCGGCGAGCCCUCCUUGCGAACCCGAUGGUGGGUGGACUCUCGUCUCUGACAAAGGCGGUGAAUUCGUUUAUCACGAGAGGAGCGAACCCGAUGGAAAGAAGUCCGCAGUUCCAAGUCACGCGGCCGGAAAGAAAACAACACCACCUUCUUCGAUGGACUUGCCUACGAGCGCUACGGACGGACAGUACAUGACCACGUACCAACAGUCGUACAAUAAAAUUUCCGUCGAUCAUACUCCUUCGCACGAAUUUUUUGUAAAGACAUUGAGGUCCAGCCCAGAGAGAUCUACCCCGUCUCCGACAAAGCGAGAUUACACUUCUUCGAGCAGUAGAAGUUCGCCCGAACGUAGAAAGUUGAGCAACUCUAAAAGCUCUUUGGAAAAGAACACCCCAGACCACAGAAGAAGGGCCGAUACUAAGUCGCCCGAGUAUUACGAAAAGAAACAAAGGAGUUCACCUUCUAAAUCUCCAGUUCAAAAAAAGAAACAGACCACUCAUCACAAUGAAUCAGCGACCAGUGCGAGGAAACAUUCAGAAACAAGAAUUACCACUAAAGAAACCAAAUCAAAGAGGAAAUUUUCUUCUACCAAGGAAAGGGCUGCAAAUCGAAACAGAGUGGCUACCCCAGGCGCAUCUCCUUCGACGAGUCCUGUACAUAAGAAAACGGGCAAAGAGACAUCCGACAGCGAUUCUGAUGCAUCGCAAGCAACAUAUGACUGUACAAAGAAAUCGGAAGUCAUAACCGAAUCUAGGACGAAUAUGACCACGAUUAGAAAAAAAGAUAAGAAAGAACAAUCACCGGAAUUUUCUUCCGAAGGAUCCAUCACAAGGGAACUGAAGAAAAAAAAACAGACCACCCCGGAACCCAGCGCGUUCGCUCCGAUAAAACAAUUCAAAACCACUCCGCAAGACUUGACGCGGACUGAUAAAGACCAAUUAAAACAUAUAAAAUCGAAUAAAUUGACAGUCGAAAAUGUAAGAAAACACAAGGAAAACGAUUAUUUGCCGACAGGGAGAACUGAAAAUUUCGUGAAUGAGGAACGUGAUGAAACGAAACUUGUUCGACAUGAAAAUAAAAAUGUUCGUACAACAAAAGGGACUGUUAACACAGUUCAUGAUAUCUGUGAAAUGAAAGACAAUGUUUUGAGACAGAGAGAUGUGCAAAGGGAUAUUGCUAAGGAUGAUACAGAUACCAAAACUGUUGAAGAACUUACAUUUGAAAAACAAGCAACUUCCAAAACAUCAGGUGUUGUCACUGCGCCCUCCGAAACGUUAGAUAAUGAAGAAAAACGGGAAAUAUCCAUUGAAAGCACUAAUCUAAAAUCGCCCGAGAAAAAGGAAAGCGACGAUUUUGAUCCCUCAGUGGCGAAGAUGUAUAAAGCUCCUUUUGCUAGACCAGAAGAUCAGAAUCCUGAAAAAAGCUUUGUCCGUCAGCCUUCUGCAACGACCCCCGAACGUCAUCAGCCUGGCACAGAUAGACUACAUCAUGAAAGGAGCCCAGACCGUAAGCAACCUGGCACUGACCAUCAACACCCUGAAAGAAGCCCUGAUCAUAAGCAUCUUAGCACUGAUCAUCAACAUCCUGAAAGAAGCCCCGAACGUCCUCAUCCUGGUACAGGCCGUCAACUCCCUGAAAAGAGCCCCGAACGUCAGCAACCUGACACUGACAAUCAACACCCUGAAAGAAGCCCUGACCAUAAGCAUCUUAGCACUGACCGUCAACAUCCUGAAAAGAGCCCCGAACGUCAUCAUCCUGGUACAGACCGUCAACUCCCUGAAAAGAGCCCCGAACGUCAGCAACCUGACACUGACCAUCAACACCCUGAAAGAAGCCCUGACCAUAAGCACCUUAGCACUGAUCGUCAACAUCCUGAAAGGAGCCCCGAACGUCAUCAUCCUGGUACAGACCGUCCACAUUCUGAAACGAGCCCCGAACGUCAUCAUCCUGGCACAGACAGACAGCAUCAUGAAAGGAGCCCAGAACGUCAUCAUCCUGGUACAGACCGUCAACACCCCGAAAGAAGUUCUGACCGUAAACAACCUGGCACAGACCAACAACACUCUGAAAAAAGCCCUGACCGUAAGUAUCCUAGCACUGACCGUCAGCACCCUGAAAGAAGCCCUGACCGUAAGCAUCCUAGCACGGACCGUCAAUAUCCUGAAAGGAGCCAGUCACCAGUCAAAAAAUCAGUACAGGAAACUUCUCUCAAGAAAAUGAAAACAUCCGAUGAAAAAACAGAAAGAAGAGAUUCUUCCAACAGAAGUACAAAAACUAAAGAAACAACGACACUCGCGAGGCAGGACAAUUUUUCAGUUACAAGACGAAAUACACAAAAACCUAUUUGCAAUGACUCAAAACCAAGAAAUACGUCAAAUGUACCUCUGGUCAAAAAACCGAUAGUUGCUUCAAAACAUUUCACACCAGAACGCAAAUCGACUUUAUCGAAACACACAACUAAGGUAGUUACUUCUUCAAGAUUAGAGCAGAAUACAUCUCCUGAUUCCCCAACUAGAAGACAUCCAGUAUCUCCAACCGUUCAACGGAAAACUGCUCAAUCUAGGCAACUCAUUCAAGCAAGAAAAGUACCCACGUCGUCUCAUAGACCUCAAACGACCCAACCAACGACGACGAAAACCACUAAUGCGUCACCUUCUACACUUUCCAAAACAACAAGCACUUCAAUCCAAGAAACAACAAAAAUAUUGCUCGGAAGAAAGAGGGAAGAUACAACGACAAAGAAACGGCCGUCAUUCGAAGGCGGUAAGACGGAAUCGCCCAAACCGAAGGUUUCAAUUCCUCGCUCGGUUCCCCAAAAAUCGAAACUUGUCGAUACGAGUUCUCGCCCAGCACAGAAACCACAAACAGAGACUUUUAACAAGCCACAAAGAAGAGUUGUUCCAUCUCAAGUUAAACUGCAAAGCAAAGACACAGGCAAGACUGCCAUAUUGACAACAAGGGAAACGCACAGAACGGAAACGCAAAAUUUUUUAAAGAACGAAGCUAAGAGCGUUUCCGAUUUGGAAGACGAGACACCUCCGGAAGAAUUUUAUGGAGAUUUAGACGACGAAUUUGAUUCUUCUAUCCAGAAAAGUAUGAGUACAUCUGCUACUCAGGUAAAAGUGCGAAACGAUGUUUACUAUAAUGCCAAGAAGGAUCAAACUCACGAACUCGAUUCGAGAAACAGUUCUGUUCUGUCAAUGGAAGAAGAUUCUCCCACGAAACCCAAAUCUCAACCGUAUAAAAAAGAACCAUCCUUGAAAACAAAAGUGAAUCAAGAUUUGUUAAACGUUGUUGUGCAGCAUCCGAAGUCGUCAAGGGAAUCGUCGCCGGGUUAUUCAAGCACUGCCGAUAAUUUUGCAGUCACGACGAGCGAUGACGGAGAAAGCAACCCUAGAUACGCCGAUUUCGUUAGCGAGCCUGAAGAUGUUGAAGUAUUCGACAAACUGACUGGGCCAUCCGGUCCUAUUCCGUACAGCCACCGAAUCAACGACGAUGUUGGCGAUGAGAACGAUGUUCCAAAGAGUGUAGCUGAGAAAGUCAGUGUUUUCUUAAACGAAGCUAAAAAAUCUUUAGAAACCAAGGUGACAGGCAACCAAGUCCUUAUCGACAAUUCCAACUCCGUCUCCAAAGCGAAAACACUAUUUGAAAAAGUAACCAAGACUGAAAACGACGAGAAAAAGCACCAUUUGAUUGAAGAUUUUGUAGAUCGCCCGGGGAAAAAAACAAAAACCGAUUCUUCAUACUAUGAGACUCACAAAAUCACCGAGCACGUUGACGAUACAGCUGAAGGAGAAUUUGACCUUGCUGUAAACAGUCUACCGCUGAAAACCAGCAAUGAAACGGACUACCGGCAGGAAUUGAAAGAAACAACAAAAUCUUCCCGCAAAGACACUCCUGUACCUAAACCUCUGGGAAAGACCUUCUUACGAAAUGAAAACCGCAAAUUCAUCGAGAAAGAAUCGAUAGGCGCCAAAACCGAUGUCAGCACGAAGAAAUCAUUUUUUGAAAAUAAAGCGGAAGAACAAAAGCAUCCAAGAAAGCCGAAACAAGAACCAUCGUCUUACGCGAAAGACACCCAAGCGAGCACAGUGCGUUCCCGGUCUCCGGAUAAGGUGCAUAGCAAUGAGCAAAGGAGGAAAUCUUCCGUAACAACUGAAGAUGUAUCUGCAAUGGAAAGAAGGCAGUUCAAAUCUGAAGUAACUGUCAAAACAAUUACCAAAUUACACGAACCAACAUCUAGUUUCGAUAGAAACGAUUCAGACAAAUCUAUUUCCUCGAGAAGAUCUUCAAAGCCUGGAGAAAGAACACCCUGCCUUCCUAAAUACCAGGAAAGCACAAAACAACCUGAACGAAGGGGUUCAAGUCCUACAAAAGGUUACGAUACGGAGAAAACUAUUGGCUCUCCAAAAGUGACAAUGCAUUACGAAACCACUGAAAAAUACGAAUCACAUACCACCACUCAAAAUGUAAAUGAUACUCCGCGAAAAACCGGGCCGCAUGCUGCUUUUCCGACGAAAUCGUAUGAAACGUCUAGAAAAACCGACCAUACUACGUAUUCUCAUUCUGGAGCAUACGACAGUCCUAGGAGCGCCGAGCCGCAUGCCUUGAGUCCACAAUCUUACGUGACUUCAAGAACAAUCGGACAUACAUACCCUCAUUCUGGAGAAGUCGACAGUCCUAGGAACGCUGAGCCCACUGCCUCGAGUCCAAAAUCCUACGAAAUGUCCAGAGAAACCGAGUAUACUACCUCUACUCAUUCUACACCAUACAACAGUCCUAGAAACACUGAGCCCCAUACCUCGACUCUAAAAUCUUACGAUAGUGCUAGAACUACAACCACUCAUUCGAGAAAAUUCGACAGUAACAGAAAAACGGAGCCUCGUGCCCCCAGUCCGUCGAAGUCCUAUGACAGACCCUGGAAAUCUGAGCCCCGUGCCACCAGUCCGCCAAAGUCCUAUGAGAGUCCCAGGAAAUCUGAACCCCGCUCGUCCAGCCCACCGAAGUCCUAUGAUAGACCCUGGAAAUCUGAGCCCCGUGCCUCCAGUCCGCCAAAGUCCUAUGACAGUCCCAGGAAAUCUGAACCCCGCUCGUCCAGCCCACCAAAGUCCUAUAACAAACCCUGGAAAUCUGAGCCCCGUGCCACCAGCCCGCCAAAGUCCUAUGACAGUCCCAGGAAAUCUGAACCCCGCUCGUCCAGCCCACCAAAGUCCUAUGACAAACCCUGGAAAUCUGAGCCCCGUGCCACCAGCCCGCCAAAGUCCUAUGACAGUCCCAGGAAAUCUGAGCCCCGUGCCUCCAGUCCGCCAAAGCCCUAUGACAGUCCCAGGAAAUCUGAGCCCCGCGCCUCCAGUCCAUCUAAAUUAGGUACAAAAUCCUACGAGAGUUCUUUAAAAUCAGAAAAUGUCGGAGAACAAACUGUGAGAAGCUACGUAAAAACCUCCGAUAGUGUCUUACAGCGAACAUCGAAACCUGAAAACGAUGUGAAAACAUUGUCAAAAUCCCUCAACGACAGCACAAUCUUCAAACAGAAUGAGACUGUUCUUCAGAAAACAAAAACAGAAGAAAAAUUUGGUGUACAACUUAGAAAAACUCCUUCAGCGAAUAAAUUCGACACCAUAACCGUAAGACUUAAAAGUUCAACAAGUGAAGCCCCCGCAAUAGAAAAUAUAUAUGAUUUGGAACUUCUUGAGCAAAUGCUAAUUAAGGCCGAGGCUUACGAAGAAAGAAGAAGAAUAAGAGCCCAAAUAAGAUUGGUGAAGAAAGAACUCGAGGAACAGCACAAUAGCAUCACAAGAUCUACAAGCGUUCAGACACGAACACAUGAAGUCAAAUCGCACACAUCUUCGAGUAGAGAUGAACAUACUUCAAGGAGAAGCGUCAAAGAGCCGAGCCCCGAACCUAAGAUGUCUUUGACGAAACCCUCUUACAACACACGCGUACAGAACAAGGAAGAAGAUAAAGAAAAAACUGUCCCUAAGAGAUCUUACUCCGAAAGGCCCAAGUCGACCCACUCGCCCGAUCAUACUUCCGUUAAAACCGUUACAACAACCACAACAAUUCGUGAGAAGUCUGAUUCAUUCAGUAGAUUGUCUCCCGAAGAAAGAACCGUCUGCACUUACGAAGUGAAAAGCCAACCGGUCGACUCGUCGUUUUUGUUUCAGAAAUCGACGGAGCCUCCACAGCCUGAAAAAUCAUCUAAUUUGAAAAAAACCUCGUAUGAACAGAGGAAGACGACCACGACGUCAACCACCACUACAAACACGGUAACGGACCCGAUAACGUCUUCUUAUGGCAUGGGCCCGAUUGACGAACACGGAAAACCACUUUUUGGACUGAGAGCACUCAGAAGAACUCAUCAGGAUCAAACACCAGCAAACGAUGAUUUGGCCAGAACUGAGACAGUGACUUACAAUACCUACACUCUCACGACCAGUGAUUUCGACGAGCCGGCGAACCUCGCCAGCCUGAAGACGAUGUCGAAGGUCGACAGAGAAUUCUCCGGUCCCGAGAUCGUAGAGGUGAGCAACGACGAUUCCGCUUACUCAGAAGACACGAGAAGGACGUCGAAGGAAUACACCGUCGAGGAGGUCUCGGAACUGGACGGCUACCUGAGCACAGGGCUGAAAUCUGAAAAUAUAAAAAGGUUCACUUCCCACUUGCAGAACCUGGAGAAUUCGCAGACUGAAACAGGACAUGAAGAAGAGACGAGGCGGCCUUUGGUGAGAGGCGAUUCUGUCAAAGCUCUGCAACACAAAUACCAACAGGCUACAGAAGCCGCUAACCAAACAUGUGGAGGAAGUUCAUACCCUAAGGCUGGUCUCAUCCUUCGUUCUAACAGUCUCCAACAUUCCGAUGAUCCAAAUCAAUCGUCGUCAUCGAUGAGAAAGACGAAGACGGAAACAGUGGAGACUACGAGACGUGUGUUGCACAGCUCCUACGGUGGAGGCGGCGGUGACAAACAAGUCGUCGUCAAGGCUCAGAUGUCAGAACAAGUGGAAGACUCUUCGGGGCUUAAGUCUGCCCGUCAAGUUCAAGGUGUCAAGGCGAUGACGACCACUAUGACCAAAGACGGUCCUGUCGAGAAGUCAUCUUCGGCUGUGCGGGUCACCACCUCUGGAGGUGGCACCUCUAGUACCACAACGACAACCUCCUUCCUCGACAACAACGCCAAAGUAACGGGUGUGCAAGAUAUACUGUCCAGAAUGAGAAAUGCAGACCUUGUUACAGAAACAGACGACACUGAAGAAGAUGCAAAGGCAAGGGCUUUACUUAAUAAAUUCCUCGGCGCCUCUGUCAUUCUCCAAGGGAUGGAGCAAGGCAUGAGGCACUCCGCGAGUCAGCAAAAGAGCGCAGCCCUUGUUGGCGAAGUCGACAAACAACUGGUGAAAGCCACUACUCGAACGAGAGAAGAAAACAUCGAAGAAAUCUGCGAUAAAGACCAAUUAAAAUUUCUUUUGGAUUCUUGCAGCGAUCUCGAAGAUAAGAGAAAAUUACGAGCCCGGCUACGAGAAGUGAUGGCAGAAGAUAAAGGUGGUGUCGGUGAGGCGAAAGGAACCCUGUCCGACGUGCCCGGACCGGUCGAAAUAACCGGCAUCUGGCCCAGCAAUAAGAGUUCGAAUGUCGAUGAUUCAGGCACCGAAUCCGGGGAAGACCUUCGGAUGAUCAAUCCCGAAAUCAUGCAGGAGGUCCAGACCGCUCUAUCCAGGCUGGAAGGCGUGAUUCCGGUGCUUGAUCCGACAAAGAGAAAUGCGGUCACGCAGCUGGUCUCCAGCUUGCAGUGCUGCCUCAAAAUCAACAAGGACCAGCAGCUUGCCCCUCCGACCCCUCCGACGAGAAAGUUCGGAAACAAACGUUCCCUUAAAAACAGGCAUACGGUCGGGGUGACCAGGGAAGAGCUGGUUGAAGCGAGGAUGUGGGCCGACGAAUGCGGCCUGAACAGAACGAUGACGGCAGACGAUAUAAAUACUGGUACCAGUUCGUUUUUGGAAAACGUGUUCCGUCCAGUCAGAUUCGUCCCUCCUCCCGUUGUCGAAGAAAAAAUCCCCAUCAGCAGAUACACCAAAUUGCCUCUGUUGAAAGUAGCUUAUCAAAAGCCGAUUUUGUACAAGAUAGGAUUCUUUAUGGAGCCUGCACCGCAAAACGGUUCCAUGUCUUAUUUUGAACCUGACCCUAAGCUUUCAUACGAGCGGAGCUUAAGCGACACGGGGAGCCUUUGCGAUUACGACCCGAGUCUCGGAUUGUUUACACCAAAGCAGACAGUUCAAAUUGCAGUGCAUAAAGCGGCGAUCAACAAACAGAUAAGCUGUAGAGAAAGCACUAAGGUUCAGGGACGAGGAAGUAGCGAAGAUGGAGACGUUUCCAGUGCCGAUGAGGAUAAACACGAGUUGUCUUCCGUUCACCGCUUACUUCAAUUGGCUUCAGAAUCUAACAAUAAACCUAAAUUUACUGGUAAAAAACAAAAAAUGAAAAGAGCGAAUACAAUCGAUAUACCUAAACGUUCCACAAUUUUCGAUUACUCGUCCGACGACCACGGUGCGUCGGCGGACGAGCAGAACAGGAAAGGGUCCGACGACAUGGGCCAUCUGGGCAAGAAGGAGAGACCACCCAGCUUCGAGCCCAAAACGGAAAACGACCACAAAUUUCUGUCCUUUUUGCAACGCGUCAGUGAGAGCGAAGGUUCGAAAAUGCCGGCUUACAACCCAUCAGCCAGGGGUGGAAAGCAUUGGCGAAACAGGUUCUCGACCAUAAAGACGACUUUCGAGUCGAAGGACAUUACGCCUCCUAAAAAUACCUUUAGCCCUUCGCCUGCUAAGCUCUUUUGGCAGAAGUCUGAAAAUCAAAGUCUGAACGAAAUCAAAACUAACUCCAGCCCGGGAAAACUCCCUUGGUCAGUCAAAACGCAAGAAGACGGUGUAAUAGUCGGCUCUUUGACGGUUGCCAAACCGAGCAUAGUCAAUAAUUUCAAUCACGCACCUAAAUCUGCUUUUAAACCGAUUGAAAAGAAGCCGACGACUCCUCUAAUUUCACCCGCGUCGGGCACGGUCAAACAAAUCGCAGCUAUGAAGUUUUCUACUUUCGAGACGCCAAUCCUCCAAAAACCCAAACCGUUGAAUAUGAAAACCUACGCGAACAACACAGAAAAAGACAAAAGCAAAUUCCUAGCUGGUAACAACAAUACCUCAAAUGUAACGCACAAAUUUUAUAACAUCCCUUCUAAUGUCGUUUCCCAGGAAGUAAAACAAAAAGUUCAAGAAAAACAUUUUGUAAAUAACCAGAUUAACAACCAGUUGGCUAAGCCUAAGUAUAAAAAGCUCGAUCCUGCAGAAAAUACCUCUUACGUUGAAAAGAAUUACUUUUAUCGCGGUCAGCCUAAAAAAAGCACUGGGCAAAAGGAAAUGUUAAAGUCUCAAUCUCCUUUCCUGUCCCAGGUCGGAAAACAAAACUACCCUACUUCACCGACGAAAUCUUCGGGACAAGCACCGUUCGCCAACUCGAUAAACAGCCCGACUCUCGCUCGUCUCCCGAGAUCGGUUUUAAGCGAGCCGAAAAGACGUGAAAUAAUCCCUCAGUUUAUGGAAGAUUUCGAAAAGAGUUACCAAAGUGACGGGCCGAACCGAUAUUGCGAAUAUGCUUCAAGGCCCAAAGAACCGCGAAACAAAUUGCCAAAUACAUUUUACAACGGCGAGGAAAGUAAUGUCAAGCCUCAUCAUCUAUCUUAUCCUAAUAAACCCGACGUGAAGGUCGAAGAGGAGAACGUCAAUAAAAAUAAAAAUUCAAGGCAAAGCCUUAUUUGCGAAGAGAAAGAUAGUUUAAAAUUCAUGGGUAAUGCAAACUUUUCUAAUGACUUUUCACAUCCAGUCACUGAGACCGCUCCGAAACCGAACGGAUACAGUAAUUUCACAAAAACCGAAAGCAACUCGCCUAUGAACAAUACUACCUUCGUUCGAGAAGACAAACUACAAGAUAAUCGGAGUUACUUGUGCAAUCUGAGAGACGCCAGUACGAUAGACACAGACAGGGAGUACGUGUCCAACAUUCCAGUGACUUCAACUAUUCUCAAAAACGGUCAAUACAUCUCGAUAACUCCUAAAAGCCGGACGCCGACCAUGGACGGUGAUGGGGCCAACGAAUUCAUUAAACAGUCUCCCAAUACCUCUGGGGGGAGAUCACCGAUCAACCGAACGUCUCCGCCGUCCAGCGACGGGUCGAGCAACAACGGUGGCCGAGUCUACUACAACAACACACAAAUGAGGCUGUCAAAUAAAAUUGAGGAUAUGAGCCAGAUGGAAAAUUAUGUCAACGCACGACUCGCUUCCAACUCGGCCCUCACUCCUCACAACCUGCCGGCCGGAACUCCUGACAGAGUGUCACCGUUGAGGAAUUGGGCGCCUGCCGGCAGUCCGUCCAUAAAGGUAGAAAAAGCCAGCGACCCGGUGAAUGGGGGCGACUGCUACGAAGAAAAAGCCGUGAGCAGAGUCAUGGGCCAGGCCCAAUGCCAAGUCGCCGUUUCAGUCAAUAACAGGAACAGGACUAGGUACGACGACAGUAAAAACAUACAGUCCGAAUUGAGACUGCAAGUGCAACAGUCCGCUAGACAAAAGUCGCUCUCACCGACCAACUUCCCCAACGUACUUCAGAAGUCAGAAUCGUGGCAUCAGAUGGUCAAAGAGAAAAUGAACUUGGCGAAACAAGCACCUCCGCUGCCAAAAAUAUCAAAGGCGAAGUCCAGCCAUUCCUUGGCACUGCCCAGGCAGUUCGAAUCCGCUAUAUCUCCAGAGACCGUCGAAAACAAGAAGAUGACCGUGAGCCAGUAUCUGUCAAAGCAAUCUAACAACCGCGAGCAACGUAGAUACGCGCACAAGGCCAGCAAAUCGAUGCUGGACAUCGACGACUUGGAGAAUGUCGAUGAAGUCUUCGAAUCGAUAUUCCAAGAGGCCAGUAAAAAAAAGAAACAUUAAAAGAAAAUAGUUUUCCUUACAAUUACAAUUGAGGGACAAAGAAGAAAUAUUUUUAU